UGCGUUUGCGUUAGCGGCGUGCAAGUACUUAAAUUGUCAAAGUGCAUGUUUGGCGUUAUUGUUUGGUGUAUAGUUUCGUUUAUUUUGUGAAAGAAGCUAUGGCGUCUAAAGUAACAUUCAAGAUUACUCUUACAUCAGAUCCCAAAUUACCAUUUAAAGUAUAAGAAGAUUGCGAAGAAUUUUGAUGGCAGCUAAAUGACUCAGCUUAUGAUUUAGAAUAUAAAUAAGAUAUGGAGGAAGAUGAAGCGGAACCUGUGCUUCAUCAUAUUGACAAAUUUCUUCUCUUGUGUGAAGAAAGUUCAUGGAUAGAAUCUGCAACAGAAACUGCUGUAAAAUAUUCUUUCAAACUGGCUCAGUCUUUGGAAAUGCUUUAUUUGAAAAUGAGUUCAAAUGGUACUGCAAGCAAGUUUGAAGAGCAGUUAAUUAAUUGGUGGAAUAAAAAAAAUAGAUUGAGUGUUCCUGAAAACACACCAUUCACAGCAGUUUUGAAAUUUGCUGCAGAAGAAUUUAAAGUUCCACCUGCAACAUCUGCUAUUAUCACAGAUGAUGGGAUUGGAAUUAAUCCACAGCAGACUGCUGGCAAUGUUUUUCUGAAACACGGAUCAGAGCUGCGACUUAUACCACGGGAUCGGGUUGGCUCAGAUUGUGCUGUGUGGCAAAAUACCCGAUAACAGCAUUUAAAAUUUGAACUGUGUUAUUAAUUGUACGGUUUAUAAUUAUCAUGGAUGUUUAUGUGUACAUUUUAAAAAUAUGUUUAUAAGAAAUUUGUACAGCUGUUGUUCGUUGUAUUUGUCACAGAAUUAAAAGUGAUUCUUAUAUAAAAUAAAAA